CGAUAACGUUGGCCUGGCCAGAGUGUUGUUGGAGUUCGGAGAGAGUGGUUACGCGCCGCUGUAAGGAAGGCUUGGGCAUUGAUUCAUGGCUUCAGACAGUGAAUUUUUCCUCUAAAACCUGUGCUUGAAGUCGCUUUUGUUGAUGACACGUUUAUUCAUCUUUCCAUCACACUAAGUUAAGACAAGUGAACUGCAUUAGCUACUCUCUAGUGAUAAUUUGAAUUGAACGGGAAAAUCGUACUCUAUUUCACGUGGCUCCUGUGUAGAGAUUUCUUCUCCAAUCCUGGACAGAAAAAUGGCGAGCUGCAGUGGCAAAUCCGAUGCUGCAGGCUGUGAUAUUCCUACAGUUGCAAGCCACCUCGGCCUGGCGGAUCUGGAUCAGACUCUGGAGGACAUCCUCGCCGAACACGUAGAAUAUGUCCAGAAGUCCGUAGAUGUUUUCUGUGCACUCAUGGAGAACGAAGUGUUCUGGGGAGCCGAGGAGCGACAUUACAUCGGCAUCAUGGCCGCGUGUCGCCACAAGUGUUCAGUGUUGGUGUCGGAGCAACGUUCGCGGUUCUUGGAGUGCGGUGGUCCAGAACAUUGGCUGGAGGGCCUCCAUAACGCCCCUUACCGCCUCCAGUGCCUACACCAAACUAAUGUCAUCCUCGCUCACCGUCCAUGGAUGUUCAACCGAGCUCACAUACAACAAUUAGUGAAGUCUGGCUUGAGCUUACCGGAGGUGGUCGUGGCCGUGACGAUCAUGGCUUACUUCCAUGCCAUGUCGAGCAUGAUUCAUGCCCUGGGCAUCGAGGCUGUGUCUGGCGACAACCAGUCCAUGUAUCCUCCUAUCCCUCUUCCACUUGAGGCGUGUGGGUCGGACUCGUCGCCACGGUCGUCGGAGCUCGCUAAGGGCGGUGUGGCCGUGCUGCUGCAGCGCAUGGAGAAGAUCUCUGCCUGCCCUGACCACGUGGCCGCCCUCGGCUCCUUAUCCUCCUCCAGCAGCGAGUGCAGUGAAGGAAAUUUACACAAUAUAUCAGGCCCAGAGCUGCCUGCCGACCCAGCUCUCUUCGACACCUCCGCUGAUGACAAGUAUAGGCCUUUCUCCAAAUACUCGCCGAAUAUGAACUUCAUUUACAAAGAUUUUUAUCGAAGGGGAAACAAGAGUGAUGCUCAGACUCUCAAAUACCAACACCUAUGGGAAGACAUGGGCUUCACUACAGUAGCUAAAUUCACGUCACAAGAACUGGCAGAUUGUCUGGACAGCAAAUUCCGGACGGCGUCAAGCAUGACGUAUCACACUUGCGGCAACCGCAACAACGUCAACACUGCGCCCUUUAGACGCGCCGUCUGGAACUACACGCAGUGCCUCUUCGGCAUCCGACGUGACGAUUACGACUACAGUCACGUCAACAUGUUGCUCGAACGUCACCUGAAAGUUUUCCUGAAAACCUUGAGUGUGGCGCCCGAGACUUUCCCUGACGACCUCAAGCUCCUGCCGUCCAUACUGAAGGAGCUCAAGCCCAGCGAACAGGUUCACGUUGUGAUCUUGGCAGCUGAGGCGCGUCUGCAAGCUGAGAUGGUUUAUGCGAUGUUGGCUAUAGAGCGCUACUAUGUAUGCGGAUAAAUAGAUCAUAGCUUAAGUGUACGAUAAGAUAUUCAGCGAUCUUCGUGGCAUGACAAUUAUGUAGCGUGGCAAGUGUAUGUACAUGCGUUUUGGAUUCAAGCUCUUUAGUGCUGGUUUCAAAUAUUGAUCAAAUUCGUCGUAAUUGAGAUUGAAACCUUGUCGUGUUUUGUUGAAAGUAUUGUCUUGAGGAGUAGGAUAUAAUUAGUGUAGUGUAAACCUCUGCUCGCUGACGCUUCGAUGAUAUUGUAAGUCUUUACCGCCAUCUAUAUUGUUUCGUUUCCACUGUGGACCGCAUUUGGAUCCCCGAAACCAACGAUGUUUUGAGUUUGUUAAUGUGAUUCCUUCCCCGAUUAUAUUCUUGAACAAAUCGCGAUAUAUUUUAAGGAUAUUGUCUAUUGCAGUUAAAUUCUUCACUGUUUACAUUUGUUUGUAGCGUGUUCCUUGUGAAGUCCCGUCCGGUGUAUGACGAAUGGUUCGCAGGACUCAUGUAGAGUGUGCACCAGCUUGUAUCGCAGCUAAAAAUACCCAAAAGAUAUUCUAUUUUUCGCAGAUGUAUUCACAUUUAUUAUUAUUCAAACGAUUAUUAGUAAUUAAUGCGACGGACUUAUUUAUUAUUUAAAUAAGUCAGUCGUAUUAUUAGCAUACAUAAUUAGUAUUGUCAGUGGUAGAACUUUUGUGAAUUCUACGAAGUCGUAAUUACUUUGUCUUUCAUCGUUGUUGGUAGCUUUUGCUACACUGGACUUGGACAACUACCUAGAAUGUCUGCCGUCAAUGCUGAUUCCUGAUGAUGCAGUUUCCAUGUAUUGUAGUUAAAGCACAAAUAACCGAACGCUUCCUUUUCAAGAGCUUCACAUUCUGCACAGAUGUUGGCCAAGUGUGCUACUUUUGUAUAAAAUAUAAUUCUGUCGAAAUUAAAUCACCUUUUUCUUUCAGAGACAUAAAUCGUCGUUUGGUGCUAACGUUUGUUCUUUUCUAAUGCGGUCAGUCCAGAUCCACUUCAAACACCAAAAAGCAGCAUCAACCCAGUCCAGAUUAAAUGGCUGCAUGCAUGCUUUUCUUCCUCAAAGCAAAUUAUGGUUACAAAGUCUUCAUUUUUCGCCGACUAGUGCGAGAAAAUUUUAUUUUGGUGUGAUGCUAUUGUGACCUGCACUUGUGUGUUCUUAAACUUUGCUGGAAACUCAGUGUAGAAUAUAUUUAAAUCCUUCAACUUUCGCCUUUUAUGAAUAUUCAGUUGAUAAGAUCAGUUAGGUUGGUGAUAUCUCAGUAUAUUAAUUUCUAUUCAUAAGAGUUCUGAAGUAGGUAAAAAUUCAAUUCAUACACUAAUAUUUUCAACUCAGUUUAAGACUGGGAAAAAAUUUUACGUCGGUACUUGUUACGUACGCAAUUAUUUGAGAACAGACGCGAUCAAUGAAGAUGAAUCUUGCAGCGAUGGAUUUAUGUUCAUUUGAUCUUUAAAAACAUCGUUUCCAUAAUUAUGCUACUAAUUUUUUGCUCAAUUAAAAUAAGAAUUCUUUUAGAAUUUAACAAUAUUGUAUUAGUUCCUGUAAUGAUCAAGAGUUUCAUUGUAAUUCUAUUAUGUACAUUGCACAAUUCAACGAUUCGAUUUGUUUAGCUUUGGAAAUUUAUUCCUUCAGUCUUUCUGUUCGGGUUUUUACUGACUGUAUGGAAUUCGCUAGUAAUGUUCAAUUUGAAUUAGUUAAUAUUAGAUUGCCCUGUGUACGUCGGGCCUGCGUUGGUGCUAUUAUUUUGUGUUUUACCAAUUGACACAGGUUAACUUUUAUUUUCAGAUAUAAAUAGUGAGAACUGGUAGAUUUUAAGUCUGCUGGACGCUUUAGAUGACGGUAGAUGCCUUCAUUCAUUAUUAUAUUUAAAGAGGAACACAUUUUAGGGAGACUUGUCUGGAAGCUUUUGGCUAUUUAUUUUUCGUAUUGUGCUGAAUGUUCGUUCGUGGACGCACUGUUAGAGCUGCCAUUUCUGGGCACGCGUUUGUUCCGGAAGAGUUGCUAAAUUAUUUAGCCUUCCCGGCGCGCGGGAACUGUCUUAUUACUGUCACGCUAUUGUUUUCAUUCACUUAGAGAGCAACUUGACAUUUAUUCGGGGAAUCCAGACGUGAAAACGCAACAGGACCGGAAUAUUCCUGAAACAGACAAUGGCCGUGCAGAGAACUUUGAAGUAAUCGGCGAUAAGGUCUAAAUGGGUUCUUGAUUUCUAGGUGGCAAUUAAACUGGAAAUUAGGGACGAUUUUCAAGAAUUCAAUCUAACUUUUUUUUUUACAAUACAGAAUGCUGCUUCAUCGUUAUUAAUCACUGAUUAUUUUUAAGUUAGCGCCAGUAAUCUCACUCAAGUUUCAUGUGUCUGGAGCAAGUUUCAAGAUCUGAUUCUAUGUCGCGACAUUAAUCAUUUUCCUUGUUAAUUUUAAUAUUAUUCAACUUUAAGAUUUUCGCAAGAUCGCUUCACAUUGAGAACUCUUUUGAUUCAAGAGGCUUGCUGAACAAAAGCAGGAGCUGCAGGAGAAAAAAAUUAGACUUCAAGCCACAAUUUGUUUUCGAAAUCGUACAUCUGUGAGAGUACAUUCAGUGCAGCUGAUGCGCAGCCUACUGAAUUAUCAUGCGCUGUGCACACAUUUUUUAACACAGCCUGUGACACACAAUGAAACUUCGUAUUAUUUAUGCACCACCUACCAUCACUGAUGAAAUGCAACAAAAAUGAUAUAAUUUGUAAUUAAUUUCCAGUUUGUCGACCUUAGCAAAUUUCACAAGUUUAGUUGAAGAUCGUACACCCACAGUAAUAAAAAAACAGUAUAAUUCAGUGAAGUGAAGUGUUACUGUAUGCAGUCGUUCAACUUCAUUGUUACACACAUCAAGCCGAUAAUUUAUCGCAGCUAAAUGCAUAGUGUUUCAUGUUGGGUUUCAUAUGACCUAAGAUAAGCGACUAUGCCCAUGUGAUGCAUGCUCGUUUGUUUCGCACACUCGAUGCUUUGUAAUGAUCUAAACGUUUUAAUUCCGCUAAGAAAAUGUAUAACAUUAUAGGUUGGAAUAAAAUACUUCAUUGCUGGAGUAAUGUUGAAACAAAAUAAAUCUCCGCUUAACAUAUUUGUUGCGCUUAAGCCAA